UGCACAACAAAACUGAAAAUUCCUCUCAGCUCCCUCCCUUCACACAAAGAAGAAGAAGAAGAUGUCCACCGAGUCAACUCAUCUCACCAUCUUCUUCUUCAACAUCAUCUUCAUUUCUACCUUCGAGCCCUCCAUUUCCAUUGCCGCAUCUUCCCCGAAGUUCCCUUGCUCCGGGCCCCGCUACUCCUCCUUCCCCUUCUGCAACACUUCCCUUCCCAUCACCUCCCGGGCCCGCUCUCUCGUCCAUCUGCUGCGCCUCCACGAAAAGAUCUCCCUCCUCAGCGACAACGCCUCCGCCGUUCCCCGGCUCGGCAUCCCCGCCUACGAGUGGUGGUCCGAGUCCCUCCAUGGGAUCGCCACCAACGGCCCCGGCGUCUCCUUCAAUGGCUCCAUCCCCUCUGCCACCAGCUUCUCCCAGGUCAUCCUCAUGGCAGCCGCCUUCAACCGCUCCCUCUGGUCUUCCGUCGGCUCCGCCAUCGCCGUCGAGGCCAGUUUAUCGAGUGUCUACCAUUCAUAUGGCCGCUUUUGUAUGACGUCAACAGGGCAAUGACAAUCAUGGGCAAGCAGGGCUAACAUUUUGGGAACCGAACAUUAACAUAUUCCGAGACCCGAGAUGGGGGAGGGGCCAGGAGACGCCAGGGGAAGACCCGAUGCUGGCCUCUGCCUUCGCGAUUGAGUAUGUUACGAGAUUCCCGGUGCAGAUCUCCGUGAUGAACGCUGGUGAUG